CCCCCGGGGUUCGGCCUGGGUCACUAGGGGCUCCAUCCUCUCUCCAGCAUCGAAUGGGAGGCGGCAGGAGGAGCGGCCGGGGGUGUCCAGUCUGAUGGCCAAUUGCUGCAGCUGGUUCAAGCAGUGGCGGGAGCCCGUCAGAAAGGUGACACUUGUGAUGGUGGGACUUGAUAAUGCUGGUAAAACAGCCACGGCAAAGGGAAUCCAAGGAGAACAUCCUGAAGAUGUAGCACCUACCGUUGGAUUUUCCAGAAUUGACCUUAGACAAGGGAAGUUUCAAGUCACCAUAUUUGACUUGGGAGGUGGAAAAAGAAUUCGAGGCAUCUGGAAGAAUUACUAUGCUGAAUCAUAUGGGGUAAUAUUCGUUGUGGAUUCCAGUGAUGAAGAGAGAAUGGAGGAGACAAAAGAGACAAUGUCAGAAGUACUCCGCCAUCCUAGAAUAUCAGGAAAGCCUAUCCUGGUGUUGGCAAAUAAGCAAGACAAGGAAGGGGCUUUAGGAGAAGCUGAUGUAAUUGAGUGUCUGUCUCUGGAAAAAUUGGUCAAUGAGCACAAGUGCCUUUGUCAAAUAGAACCUUGUUCAGCAGUCUUGGGAUAUGGAAAAAAAAUUGACAAGUCUAUUAAAAAGGGCCUUUUUUGGUUGUUGCAUAUCAUUGCAAGAGAUUUUGAUGCCUUAAAUGAACGCAUCCAAAAUGACACAACAGAACAACGUGCUCUAGAAGAGCAAGAGAAACGAGAAAGGGCAGAACGUGUGCGAAAAUUACGGGAAGAAAGAGAACAGAGAACGCGAGAGCUGGCUGAACUUGAUGGUAGCAGCAGUCUGGCCGAGUUGGACCCUGAGCCACUUGCUGGUAAUCCUUUCCAGCCAAUAGCAUCUGUAAUCUCUGAGAAUGAAAAAAGACUUCAAAAAGAGAAAGCGAGGCAACAUAUGGAGAAAAGUAAUGACACCUGCAUUCAAAGACUUAAAAUGGAGCAUGAACAAACUGAGACACAAAGUCAGAUCAGUGACAAUAGCCAAAAAAACAGUGAGUUUGGAAUAGUGGAAAAUUACAAGGAGGCAUUAACACAGCAGCUGGAGAAUGAAGAUGAGACAGACCAGCGGUCGUCAGGAUCAGGCGAUAGCAAUAAAAAGAAAACUAAAAAGCUAAGAAUAAAAAGGAGUCAUCGGGUAGAACCACUGAAUACAGACGACUCUGUUCCUAAGAGUCCAACACCACCUCCACCGCCCCCUCCUGUUGUCUGGGGAACUCCCAAAGUCACUAGACUUCCAAAACUUGAGCCACUGGGUGAAACACGUCAUAAUGAUUUUUAUGGGAAACCACUGCCUCCACUGACUGCACGGCACAAACCUAACAGUGAUGCCCAUGAUGUGAUCUCAUAACUGUGUGGGUGAACUUUCUGAAUUUCUGCACGAAGACAGGGAAUGCCUAUCUCGAAGAAAAGCCUGGACUGUGAUGGCUGGGGCAUUGAUUUUGCUGGGCUAACAAUUACAGUGAGGCACCAAAGACCUGGCUGAUCUAAUAAUUACCUAUCCAUGUUCUUCAUGUUUUUAUUUUUUGAAGCAAAAAAAAGAAAGAAAAGAAAAAAGAUAGCAAAAUGACCAGCACAUGGGAUGAGCAUUUGAACAACUUAGCAAGAUUUAGUGUUGACACUGUUUUUUACAUUCCACUCCUGGACGUAGUCCUAAAGAAAACUCUUCAGUAAAAGAGCCAAUGGACUCUGUACAGAUUCUUUCCUGUUUAUUUAAUAUUCUUUUUUCUUAUCCAAAAGCAGGGUUUUUAUUCUUUUUGUUUUUGUUUUUGAUAAGGUGCAUGUGUACAGAGGAGAACUUUUAGGACUUUAUAACUUAAAUUUUUAACUUUUUAUAUUUUUCUAAAACUUUUUUAAAAAGAAAUUUAACAGCUGUUGUACUGACUGCACUUUUCUAUAGAUACUUAAAAAAUUGUGUCUGGAAAAUGGAAUUGAUUUACUGGUCAAAUGAAACAAAUGGGAUACAUAUUAAUGUUACUUGUGGUAGGCUUUACAGUUAGUCUGUUCUUGAAGUGAGCAUCUUACUUUGACCUAAUUUAAAAAUUAAUGCCAUUUAAGCAUGAAUUGUAAGAUCUUUAAUCUAUCAAAUUAUGUGAUUUUAAAGCAUCACCCAAGAAGUGUUCAAUUGUGCUGUUGUUAUUGGUUUUCUUUGGUGAUUAUCCAAAUGAAAGAAUUGAAAACCUUUUUUGACCUGAAUGGUUUAAAAAAUUAAAUGUUUUAUAAGAUAUUAUUAGAAACUCCCAAACAACAAUUUUGAAGGUAAUAUACUCUAAGAGAUCAAUUUAAUUCUUAAAAGUACCUGUUUUAUUAGAAGUUAAAGUGAUUCAAAUUAUUUUGCCUUGAAAUUAAAGGUAGUUUUUAAAACUAUUCUAGAUUCAAAGUCUUGUGUUAUACAACUGGGUAAUACUUGGCUCCUAUAGUAUAAGAAGAAAAAUUCAAAGUUACUUUCAUAAAGAAAAAAUUUCAAAAUAGUGACCUAAUUUAAAAUAAUAGCACUUUUUACUCUUAAGAAUAGGAUCUGUAGAAUUAUCUAUAUGACUUUUCGGUAAACUUUUUAGUUGCACAUUUUGAGGAAUAGAUUUUUAAUGUUACUUAAUUGAAAAGGUAUAUUUGUAUCACGGCUAAACAGUAUAAUUCCCGUAACACCUUGUUAAAACUGACCAGGUAGUAACUUUUAUUGAAAAUGACAUAUAUUGGCCCCUGAUAUUCAAAUAAUAACAUGAUUAAAUAUUUGUCAGAGGAUUUAAUAUGGUUAUUUAAUUAAACAAUUGACAUUACAUAUUUUAUGCAUAUCUAAGACUCCUUGAACUUUCAUUAUUCAGUUCACUUAUUGCUCUAGUCAGCAUCAAGUAUCUAGGAAUUUUGUUCAUUGAGGCUACUCAGCACGCUGAAUAAAAACUUUAUAUCUUAUGUUUAACUUCCUAACUUAAACUUGAUAGUGACUGAAAUGUGAGAAAAGCAAAACAAGAAGAUAUGAUAGAUUAUAACUAUAAAAACUUUUUGACUCCUUUAUUAACAUUUACAUAUAUUAUUUUUUGAAAGGGAAAUUUAUACUUUUAUUAUCUUAUUUUCACCUACUCUCAAAGAAAAUAUAAUUACAAUAUUUUUAUUCCUACUAGUGGUUAUUAUAGCAUACUAUAAUUCAGCUUAUGUAAUAAAAAUAAAAUUAUUUUGAAAUUAAUAAAGCAGAAUAAAUGUUUUAUAUAUCUAUUUGUAUCUAAAGUAUUCUAAAAGUAUUUUAAAGGCUGUUUUAUAAAUCCAGGUGAACUUAACAAGUAUGUGCCUAUUUUAUUAUUUGUUGCAUUUUUAUUCCUUAUCAUCAUUAUAACAUUUUCAGACAAUAAAAAAAGUUAAAUUAGUAUGCUUCUUCUUGUGUCAUAAUAUCAGUCACCUUAUUCUAUGUGAUUUAUCUUUUGUUAAUGGCCCAAAGAUAUGAUUAACUCUCUGUACAAUGA